AUGUGGAGAAAAACCGCAAAAACGCCGUGUUAUCCUGUACUCCCAGACGAUGAGCCUAAAAUUGAGCAAGAUAGUUGUCCGGUAUCAGUUGGUGCGGAUUCGACAAAUCAUCUUGAAAAAUUAAGUGAAUCUGAUGGUUAUCAAGUGGCAACUUCUCUUCGUCUUAAACUCCAAACUGAAGAUCCUAAAGAAAAUACUAUGAAGGAGCUUCAAUGUUACAUAACGGAAGUUAAGCAGUUUGAUUUUAAUCAUAUUAUUAUUAUCGGAAAACGUUAUUGUGGAUUGUUUUGGCCGCGUGUUUGA